UACCUUUCAAAAUAGUCAUUUGAGCCCUUAAAAGGAAGUUUAUAUCGGGGAGUACAAAACAUCUCUGGAAUCUGCAAAUGAUAUCUUUACUGGGGGAGCCAGAGUCCUUUCGUUUUCAAGAUCAAUUGAUUGAAAAGAUGGCAGCUGAAUCUGCUCUCGAUCCUUUUCAGAUACUUUUAAAUAACCUUAACCACGAGCUAAACGAAAGAAAUCUGGAGAGUCUGAUACAUGUUUGUGGAAGACAUAUUCCAGGCAGCCAGCGAGAACGAAUUUCUAGUGGAUGGGAUGUGUUUAACAUUCUGCGCCAUCAAAACGUCAUCGGCAGCGAGCGGGAAAAGAUUCAUAACUUGCUCGAGAUCAUCAAGGAAUUAAAGCCUAAAAGGAGAGAUUUGGUCUCUUUAGUCAAGAAGCAUAUUCGAGAUUGUUAUGAAAAUCCAGAAACGAUACUGGAAGACCUCCAGUCCAGCUGGGAAUCUAGGGGAACACGACUUCCUGCCACAAGCUCACGAUCCUCGUCUCCGAUUCGCGACGACGAUUGUUGUCUUAUCCGUUGUUGCGGGUGCUUUUGUAAAUGUGAUUAUGGCAAUUCAUGCUGUAAUGCAUGUUGCAAUGCAUGUUGUAAUGCAUGUUGCAUGUGGUUCGGUGCCAUUUUGGGUGGUCUUUUCUUUCUCUUGGCCAUUGUGGCUGUUUUGGCAUGGUAUUCCAGCAUCCCAAGACUUACGAAAUUGUUGAAGUCAGACGACGAGAUACAGCAUGCAGGUCCUCUUGCGGUUGGCGGUUUAGCAUUCCUCGCGGCAAGCAGCAUUGUAUGUGCGGUUUGCGUGAAGUUCCGUUUACGAAGAAACGCCGGACAGUACGAUAUAAUUCCAGACCUACCAACAACAUUCGAUAUUCAAACAAGCUCUGCCACAUCAGAAUCCAGACGCACAAGUAGGUCCGGCGACUCAUACCGAUCGGCAGCGCCGAGGCGGAUUUACCGAGGAAGGUCCUGUAGUUCUGGGCAGUACACAGCUUCCGGUUCACUCGCUUCUAAAUGUUCAAGAGUCUCUUCCCGUACUCCACGGCUCAUUGAGGAAACAGAUGCUGUUCCAGAUGGCUUCCAACCGGACUCGUUUUGGACUCCGCGCAUGGAUGUAGAAGAAGAUGACGAAAUUGAAGAGGUGUGACUUAAUGCUUGCGAGUCUUUGCUUACCUAUGCUGCGCGAAGAGACAAGAGAUUCAAAGAUACAUUUUAUUAUUUGAACGCUAGCUUGACAGUUAUCAUUUGCUAGAAUAUUACAAGUGUAAUGAUCCAUGGAAGGGAUUAUAGUUGAUUAAGUGUAAUUUUAUAUGGGGUGAAUAGAGCGGAAAUUCUUAGGAUCCAGUAUUAAUAAUUCUCUGAGAAAACGCCAUAUUCAAACAAAAAUAGAUUAAAUGUAACAGUCAAAAAUCUUUCCUCGACCUUAAAGAUAGAUUUCAUUUAAAUAACCUAACCUUUGUGAGAUCUCAUGUGUUUGCUAUUCAGCUUUAUGUACAAACUAUUUCUUUUCUGUGAUUUGAUAAAUUAAGUGUUAACCCUCUAACUACUAUGAGUGACCAAGACUGAAUUUCUCCUUACAAUAUCAAUACAAUAUCAAGCAGACAAGU